CCACAUAAGCGCUUGGUGGCUGACAACACCGCCAAGAUACGUGGCCCGUGUAUAUUCCGCUGGUCGUGUUCUUGUUUAUAUUUUUUACUAGAAAAUAUCGUGAAAAAACACUCCAUAAGCCGUACAAGGCUAGGCCAGCACCAUGAACCCACAAUACCUGCCCCCAGGGCCGAACAACAAUGCACCGAACAACCCUCUCGGUUCCGACUACAACGGAGUCCAGAACGCCAACAUGUACAGUCAGAACGGGCCACACAAGCCAUACGACAGCGAUAUGGCCCAGAAAAUGCAGGGCAUGAACUUGAACGGACCUCAGGGCUUCUCCCAACUACCACCCGGACAAUUACCGCCUGGCGCUUUCCCGCCAACAUCCAAUUUUGGUGGACAGCCUGGAUUUCGGCCACCAAGUGCUGGACAGUUUCCGCCGAGACCAAUGCCUGGGCAGCCACCGCAAAGUCAAACUCCUAAUUUAGAGAACAGGCCGUUCCCGCAAGGGCCUAUGCCAGCAAAACCACCUAGUCAGCAAGGUCCUGGGCUGAUGCCAAAUCGUCAACCUCCAGGGCCUAUGGGGCCUCAAGGGCAAUUGCCUCCUGGUGCUCAAUCACAUCCUGGUAUGCCACCAAGCUCGCAACCAGGCCAGAUGCCUCCAGGCCAAGGUCCUCCAAGUCAGUUCGGUCAGAUGCCUGGCCAGGGUCCACCUGGUCAAUUGCCUCCAGGUCAAAUGCCACCUAGUUCCCAGGGUCUUGGUUUACCUCCUACAUCACAGGGCCCGCCCCAUAUGCCUUCUGGUCCUCAACCUGGAGGCCUGCAGAGUCAGCCUGGUCAAAUACCAUCACAAGGACCGCCUGGGCAAAAUUUUCAAGGUCCUGGACAGCCUCCAAGUUCACAAGGACAGUUGCCUCCACAUAGUCAGCCAGGACCUCAAGGUUCGGGCCCUAUGGGUCCUCCUGGACAUAAACCUAUGCAACCACCAAUGCCUGGGCAACCACUAAUGCCUCAACAACCACAAAUGCCAGGACAACCGCCGAUGUCUCAGCAAUCACAAAUGCCAGGGCAACCACCAAUGACUCAGCAACCGCAAAUGGCAGGUCAACCACCAAUGCCACAGCAACCACAAAUGCCAGGACAACCUCCAAUGUCUCAGCAAUCACAAAUGCUAGGACAACCACCUAUGCCUCAACAUCAAAGGCAACCAGGCAUGCCACCUUUUGGAGCCCCUCAGUUUCCUCAAGGGCAACCACCACAACCAGGGUUACCGUCGCAACCUGGGCAACCAUCGAUGCCUGAGCAACCUCAAAUGCCUGGGAAAUCGCCACAAAUGCCCGGGCAACCACCGAUGCCUAGCCAACCACAAAUGCCUGGGCAACCACCAAUGCCCGGCCAACCUCCUAUGCCUGGCCAACAAAUGCGUCAACCAGGAUUGCCGCCUCAACCCGGUGCGCCCCAGCAACCGCCAACGUCGCAAUUUAGCCAGUACUCUGCGUCGUUACCCGGCAUGCCGCACAUGCCACCCCCGCUGCAGCAAAAGGGACCUUAUGGUCAACCCCCAAUGCCUGGUCAACCCCCAAUGCCAGGACAACAAAUGCCUGGACAACCCCCAAUGCCAGGACAACCCCCAAUGCCAGGACAACCUCCAAUGCCCGGACAACCAAUGCAGCCGAUGAUGGGUCAGCAGAUGGGACAACCGCCCAUGCCCAUGCCUGGUCAACCGCCGAUGCCUGGUCAACCGCCGAUGCCUGGGCAACCGCCGAUGCAGCAAGGAUAUCAGCAACCGCAAUCCGGGUACCCGCCGCAGUACCAACCCCCGUUCCCCGCCCAGCAGCCCGGGUACCCCGCCCAGUACGGCCAGCAGCCUCAAAAACGGCUGGACCCUGACCAGAUGCCAAGCCCUAUCCAAGUGAUGGCGGACGACCAGGCGAGCCGCGGGGGGGUGUUCAGCACCAACGAGAAGGGCGCUGUUCCACCGCUGGUCACUACCGACUUCAUCGUCGACGAUAAGGGGAAUGCUAGUCCGCGAUUCAUCAGGAGCUCGAUGUACAACGUGCCGGUGACCGCUGACCUGUUGAAACAAACCGCCAUGCCGUUCUGUCUUGUGAUAUCCCCCAUGGCGGAAACCUUCGAGCAAGAGCGGCCGCCCCCUCUCCUAGACUUUGCAGCCCUGACGGGGAGCCCAACUUUGGGCCCGGUGCGCUGCUCGCGCUGCAAGGCCUACAUGUGCCCUAACAUGAAGUUUAUAGACGCAGGGAGACAUUUUAAGUGCGCGUUCUGCAAGGCUACCACGGAAGUACCCAUGGAGUACACACAGUACAUCAACAGCAUGCAGCAAUACGGACAUCUGCCCGCAGAAAUGGCGCUCGGUGCCUACGAGAUCGUCGCUACGAAGGAGUAUUGUCGAAAUAACACACUGCCAAACCCGCCCGCCAUAGUGUUUUUAAUUGACGUAUCCUACAAUGCUAUCAAGAGCGGCCUCGUUCACACCAUCUGCGAGAACAUACAGGAGAUUAUUGAGGCGAUACCCAAAGACGAGCAAACGGGUAAAAGCUGGACCCGCCUCGGCUUCAUCACCUACAGCUCCACCGUCCACUUCUACAAUAUCAAGGGCUCCCUAGCACAGCCCCAAAUGAUGUCCGUGGGCGAUGUGGCGGACAUGUUCGUACCCUUACUGGAAGGGUUCCUCGUGACGCCAGAGGAAAGCGGGGUGGUGUUACAAGCACUGUUGCAGCAACUGCCCAACAUGUUUGCUGACAACAAGGAGACGGAGACGAUAUUGCUGCCAGCCGUGCAGGCGGGAUACGAAGCGCUAAAAGCGGCGGACACAUCAGGUCAACUGCUGGUGUUCCACACAACUUUGCCCAGUUACAAUGCGCCGGGCAAACUUAUCAACAGGGAGGAUAGGAAACUACUAGGCACGGAUAAAGAGAAGCAGAUUACUUCACCGCAAACGACAGCAUACAACGAGCUAGGCCAGCUCUGUUCUCAAGCCGGCGUCGCGGUAGAACUGUUUAUAUGUAACAACGCGUACGUCGACUGCGCUACUAUUGGACAACUGUCCAGACUAACUGGGGGAGAGCUACACAAGUACACAUACUUCCAGGCGGACUUAGACGGUCCCAGAAUAGUGUCUGACGUGAUCCGUGUGGUGUCCCGUCCGACGGCGCACGACGCAGUAAUGCGCGUGCGCACCUCCACCGGCGUCCGCGCUACUGACUUCUAUGGACACUUCUUUAUGUCUAAUACUACUGAUGUCGAACUGGCUGCCAUUGACGCGGACAAAGCGAUCGGCGUUGAAAUCAAACAUGACGACAAACUAACAGGAGAAGACGGAGUAUAUAUACAGGCUGCUCUACUAUACACACACCGAAGCGGCCAGAGGAGAUUGAGGGUGCUCAACCUGGCGCUAGGAGCGGCGCCGCAGCUCGCAGAUGUAUAUCGGAGCAUGGAGCUUGAUACGACGCUCAACUUCCUUACUAAACAAGCCGUCUGGGCGCUGAGAGAACACACCCCCCGCCAAAUCCGCGAAGGCCUGGCCGCUCGCUGCGCCAAGUCGCUCGCGGCCUACAGAAGACAUUGUGCCUCGCCGUCCAGCGCUGGGCAGCUAGUGCUGCCGGAGAGUAUGAAGCUGCUACCGCUGUAUACUAGCUGUGUUCUACGAUCGGACGCACUAGGAGCAGGCACGGACAUAACCUGCGACGACAAAUCGUGCGCGAUAUACCGCACUCUAACCGCGGACGUGUCGACGUCCGUCGUGUACACGUACCCGCGCCUGCUGCCGCUGCACCGCCUCGCGGAGGAGCCCGCACUCACGCCGCUCAGGGCUUCCAUGGACAAGAUGAACGACCAGGGAGUGUAUCUAUUAGAAAACGGCGUCCACAUGCUAAUCUGGGUCGGCUCGCAAGCCCCGCUCGACUUCGUACGAGACGUCUUCGAUGUGGCUUCCCCUCAACAGAUCGACACUCGAGUAUGCACGUUGCCUGAGCUGGACAAUCCGCUCAGCGUCGCCGUGAGGGGCGUGUUAGAAGAUGCGACCAGAUCAAGAAGAAAGGCCAUGAGGCUAACCGUGAUGCGCCAACACGACAAGCUGGAGACCGUCCUCCGACACUUCCUGGUCGAGGACCGCGGUGGACGGAUCCUCGUCCUACGUGGACUUUCUCUGCCACAUCCACAAGGAGAUCCGCGCGUUGCUAUAGCAUUUGUACUAUUAACGCGCUUGAUAGCGCGUACGCACGCGGCGGGUAAAGGUCCUUAUGGUGCGCUUUCGAUUUCAAUCUACAAUUGUCACCUUACUAGGUGCAUAUUAAAAUCCAUAUGUAUCAAAGGCCUGCUACUUGACGACAGCGUGUCGUGAUUGGCGCUGAAGGAAUUAAUCAUUGUAACUAUUACUAAAUACACGAUAUUUACCAUGUAUAUUACUUUUUCCGUGUAAAAAUUAUAUUUUUAACAUAUUUGAAACUAAAAAAAUGCAUGGUAUAAAUCUAGGUCUUAAUAGUAGUUAUGAAAAUGGCCGUGUUAGCUUGAAAUCGUAUAUUGCAUUGUCAGGACAAGACUGGCUAGGUCGCAUUUUAAAAAGGCCUGGAAACAUGCCAAUUUGUGAUUUUAAAGCCGAGUUAAUAAUAUGCGCACCAUGAGCAUCACGACAACGUUUCGUGAGUGGCAAUUUUGUCGUUUCGUAUACGUUAGGCAUAGACAAAACAUCCUCCAGACUGAGCAUAGUCGCGCUACCCCCGCUGCCACGCAUACGGUAAUUUUACUCCAUGUUCGAGUCGAAAGUGUAUUUGUGUGACGUCCGUGAACUCGUUCGUCGUUUGAACGGACCAAUCACGGCACGGGACUUGGCUCAGCUCGUCCCGCGCACCCCCGCAUUUUUGACAGCAUCGGUUGCAUGACAUAAUUGCUCUAAACUCCGUCUAGAGGAUUCCUAGUCUAUGACGUUAGGUGCCGACAAACCCGAAAGAACUUUGUUAAAACAAUAAUAGCAAUUGUCAUAGUUGAAAUCCAAAGCCGAAGUAACAUCAACAUUAUUACCGUCCCUGACAGUCUAAAUGGUUAGGGUUUAUCGCGCGAUUGACAUUGUAAAUCCGAAUAAGACUUGGUUAUUUGUUAUACAGGGUGUUUGGUACAUCGUUUGCCAAAUUAAAACGGCAGAUAGGUUGAGUCAUAUGCUAUGUUCGCAUGCCUAGAAAAACAAAAUAGGCCAUGUUUUUUUCAUACCUAAAUAAAUAAAUUUUUUUUUACUACUACGCAAGUGAAAAUUUGAAAUCUACGAAAAACUGGCAUAGAAGUGAAAAAAAAAUGUGCGCCAAAUUAAAAAUUUCUAGGCAUGAGAAGAUAGCAAAUGACUCAACCUAUCUGCCGUUUUAAUUUGGCAAACGAUGUACCAAACACCCUGUAUUUUGAAAUAUUUGUACAUUGAAUGAAUGGGAAGUUAUCUGAAGUGAAAAUAUUCGUUCAUUCACGAUAAACAUACACGACAGUAUGCGUCAUCAUUAAUAACGAUUUAACAAGUAACUUAAGUUAUUUUCAAUUUUCUAUUCUGUGAGUGUAUUUGAGUGUCACACAUGUAAGGGUAUUUAGAGUUGGACCAAGCUAACUUUGCAGCGAUCUAGCACAAGAUUGGCGCGACAGUGUCUCGCCGCGAGAUAGACUACCCGGCCCUCUUUAAUUAAUACAGUUAGAAAAAGACGGUGUAGCUCUCGCGGCGAGACAAAUGUUUGGCAAAUGUAGUGACGUCACGGUAAAUUCACCUACUUUUUAUAUUUCAAUCCGAUUUAUUAUACAAAUUGUGUUUAAAAAUAACUGCUAUGUUUUUCUAAUAAUUAUCGGGUGCUUUAUUUCGUGCACGGUUUGAAAUAAUUUAUUUUUCACCACACCAGCUCGGAAAGAAUUACUUUGCACUUCAAAAACGAAUAGCAAAGUUGCAUUUUAUCCACAUGUGAGGCAAAGUAAUCAAAUGCAAAUUUUGAGUUGUUUUCUUAUGUUUGCUGGUAGAAUUGACUUUUAAAUGAUGAUUUUGGAUGAUAAAUAUUUAAUAACAUUCAUUUGGAUUUGAUUUGGUUUGAUUUUGUUUGAUAUUACAUUUAAUAUUUGCUUCGGGUUGGUGUGGUGAAAAAUUUUGUGUUUCACUCGGGGGCAAAUUUUGUUUAACCCUCGUGCUUUGAAACCCUCACAACGCUCAAGAUUCCAUUUUUCGAACCAAUUUGGAUUCAAUUUUGGAAUCUUUCGCUUGCUCGGGUAUCAAUAUUAGCACGAGCGGUUAAACAACAACUUUGCCCCCUUGUAAAACAAAUAACUAUUAAGUACAGGAAACAUCCCUAUAUCCCAUAUCAUCCCACAAGCAUCAAGACUAUAAAAUACUUAUUCUGUGGUAUUGUAACAUACUUUUUAUCGAUGGUUGCAGAGUUAGCUUGGCCUAACUUUAUAUGUUUACUCAGUUUUGGACGCCAGUGACCGAUAUAUCCGCACCGCAGGUUCAACGCCAAAGACCGAUUAAUCGGUCACAGACCACAGAGCAACAUAGACCUACGUGCAUAUGCAUAAAGUUCAAUUUCAGUUUUGACAUUUCGGUGACGUGGCGUCCGAGUGACAGCUUUUGUGUUUGACACGGCGUCGUAAAGGUUAAAUCGUGAACUUGAUUUUCGUUAAAUCUUAAAAUACCGCUAAUUUGAACCAAGUUAUUUGAAUUCUAAAAUAACGGCCGGUAAAUACGAAUAACUAGUUAUUUGUCAAAAAAAAUGUGACGUUCCACGGCAAAAGGUACCUUAUGGCGGCUGGCGCUUACGUCGCAUAGCGCCGCAAUAAUAUUGGAGCGGCGUUAAUAAUAGCGUAAGCGCCAACCGCCAUAAGGUGCCUUUACCCGUGGGACGUCACAAAUGUAUUCAUGUAACCACCCGUUACUCCAUCAUAGCUAGGAUUAUGUAUAAUAUUCCAUCAUCCAUGUCUAUUUUAUGUUAUAAAUUUUUGUUAAAAUUAUAGAAAUUAUAAUCGUUUACGAGCACAACCGUGUAAAUAAAUUAUUGGCAUUAAUUGUUAUUGUUUUGAUUUAUUAUAACAGAGCGGCCAAGGUGCUCAAUAAUAUCUGAACAUGCACCGUCUUGUUAAUAAAGGCUAGUUAGGUUCGGAUAUUUGGUAACACCUUAGCCGCUCUUUGUGUUAUUCGCCUGUAUGUUAAUAUAGGGAAGGCAAACACGUGGUAAUAUUAAAAGAUAUUUAAUACUAUUGUAGGAUAUUGUAAUUAUGUAUUAAAAAUCCAUUUACAGCCUUCCCUGUGCUCAAUGCCAAUGACGACACGUAUGCGUCAAUGCGGCUGUUUUGAGUUAACCAGGAGUUAACAGAUUAGAUUCGAUUCGUAGUGACAUGGCAAUUCUUCCACUUGUAAUAUAAUGCUAGAUCGUAAACAUAGUUCUGUUUAGUCAGCAAAAAUAGAAAGUAAGUUGUUUUCUAUAGAUUGACGAUUCACAUAAAAUAUAAAAACAAGUUACUUUACUAUUUUUUGUUAUAGUUUAGCGUGAAAUUAAAUUUGUUUAUUAUUUCUAUGUAUUAUUGAAAUUAUAUUCAAUUACUUAAGAUUAAAUAGGUAUUCAAUAAACAAUUUUUAUAUUA